AUGAGAACAAACUAAGGCUCAAGUAAUGAUUUAUUGAAUCGUUAAAAUCAAGCAAUAAGAGAUAUUGAUCCUCUAAUACCUAAUUCUCCUAAUGCUGGUAUGAGUAUUUAACCUGGUUUUGUAUCAAGAGAAAAAUAUAACAAAUUAAAGGAUCUAAAUUCAAAAUUAAAAGUAAGAACACUCUCUGAAAAGCAUAGGCAGCUUUGAGAGAUUACAUGUAAGAAAGCAAAGAUUAAGAGAAAAUAUUACAGUUGAAAGAUGAAAUGAUAUAAAAAUAUGAGAGAGAAAGAUCAGAUUGGUAAACUAAAGGAAAUGAAGAUUUGAAAACAUAAUUAAAUGAAAUCAAAAUUAAGGUUCAAAAUAAGAAAAUUAAAAUCAAAUCGUUAAAAGAUUAAUCAAAACUUUUUGAUAAAAAAUUAGAUGAAUAAAAAGCAUCAUUUCAAAUUGAAUUAGAUAGAGUUAAAUAACUCUCUGAUGCUUUAACAAAUGAAAUGUAUUCAAUCUUACAUUAUAAAAAUAGUAAAGAUCAUGAAAAAAGAUAUUAAAUAUUGAAAGAUGAAAAUGCUAUUAUAAAAUAAGCUAUUGUUGCUAAAGAAGAACAAACUAGAUAUUUUGAAAUGGGAACUUAAGAUGAUAAAUAAACCAUUUUACUUUUAGAAUCAAAAAUUAAAGAAUUAUUUGAACAAAAAAAAAUUAUGUAAUUAACAAUUGAUAAUUUAACUUCUAAAAAUGAAGACUUAGAAAAAAUUAUUAAAAUUAAUGAAGCACGUUAUUAAUAAGAUUUUAAUAAAUUAUAAUCUGAUAAAAUAUCAUAACAACAAGAAUUAAAUUAGUAACUUAAUAAAAAAAAAGAGAAGAUUAAAAAUAUGAUUAAUCAAAUUUAAGAAUUAGAAAAUUUGAUUAGUUAAUAAUAGAAACAAGAAUUCACGUUAAAUAAUGCAAUUUUAGAUAAAUAAUAAGAAAAUUUAAAAUUAUAAGCUCAUUUAGAUGAAUAAAGAAAUAAAACUGAUUCAGCAUUAAAGGAAGCAAAUUAUUAAAUUUAGGAAGUAAAGGAAUUGAAGUCUAAAUUAGAAUCACAAAAAUCUUUAGUUUAAACAUAUGAAGAUAAAUUGGCUUAAUAUGAUAGAUAGUAUUAAAUAGAUCAAGAUGAAAAAGCAUAAAUUUUACAAGAUAUUGAUUAAUUAAAUUAAGAUAAUAGAAGAUUAUAAUAAUUGCUUUAUGAAUCAGAUAAUGAUAUAACUUAUUUAAAUAAAUAGCAUUUAGAAGUAAUAUUAUUUAUAUUUUGAAAUAGAAACAAUAGUAAAUAGAAUAGAGAGUAGAAUAAUUGCAAAAUUAAUUGAAUUAUACAUAGGAUGAAUUAGAUGAAUCAAAUAGAUUUAUAUAAGAAUUGAAAAAGUAAUAGUAAAUAAAUGAGGAAUAGAUAGAUAUCUAUAAAAAUAAAUAUUUGAAAUCAAAAUAAAAUUAGAAGACAUUAUAGAAUGAAUAAAGAUAUGUAAAUAUUAAAAAAUAAUAAAAGUUAGAGGAAAAGUUGAAAUUAAUAGAGAAUGAAAGGAUUCAUGAGGAGAUGGAAGCAUUAAAGACAAAAGAUCAGAUUAUGCACUAAAGAUAGGUAUAAUAGAGUAAAAUAAGAAUGCUUGAUGAUAUUUAGAAUAUGAUAAAACAACAUAAGAAGACAAAUAGCUGA